UCUCUCUCUGAGCUUGCCAACUGAAAUCGAAGGUGAAAAUGGCGGAUAACCAGGAAUCCACGUCCAGCCCUCUGAAUCAAUCAGUUGACCCGGACGAGGUCGCAAAGUCUCCUCCGAACUCACCCAAUUCCUCUACUCGUAACGUCAGUUCCUCUUCAUAAAGUAACAUUCUUUUUGCUUUAGGGAAAACUUCCCCCAAUUCACUACAUCUUUAGAGCAUUGAUUCGUUCGUUUUUUCAGGCCUGCUAUGCUGUUCUCCAGAGCUGGGUUUCAAAAAAGUUUAUGACUGGAUGUGUGGUCCUUUUUCCUGUUGUCGUUACAUUCCUCUUCACAUGGUGGUUUAUUCAGUUCGUUGAUGGUUUCUUCAGUCCAAUAUAUGCCAGUCUUGGUGUUAACAUAUUUGGCCUUGGGUUUGUUACAUCACUAAUUUUCAUAUUCUUUAUUGGUAUAUUCGCUUCAUCAUGGGUGGGUGCCACUGUUUUUUGGAUCGGAGAAUGGUUUAUAAAACGAAUGCCCUUUGUUAAGCACAUUUACUCGGCCUUGAAACAGAUUAGUACUGCUAUUUCUCCAGAUCAGAACACCACAGCUUUUAAAGAGGUUGCAAUCAUUCGUCAUCCUCGUAUUGGUGAAUAUGCAUUUGGUUUUAUCACAUCCUCUGUUAUCCUUCAGAGGGAUGAUGGAGAUGUGGAGCUAUGUAGUGUUUACAUCCCAACCAACCAUCUGUACAUUGGUGAUAUUUUUAUGGUCAAUUCUGAAGAGAUCAUACGACCAAAUUUGUCUAUUCAAGAAGGCAUAGAGAUCAUAGUUUCGGUGGGUAUGGCAAUGCCACUGGUGAUCUCUCCUAUAGAAAGGAUCCCUCCUCUAAGUGAUGAUAUUCCUCUAGACUCCAUUAUUUGAAGGCAUUAAGGAAAGUUGACAUUAUGAUGCCUUUUGCGGUUUUGGAGUUCAGAGUCGUCAAUGUAUAUUGCCCAUGGUUUCACUCCAGGUUAACAUGAUAAGAGACUAGUUGCUUUAUAGAAUACCUUAACAAAAGGCACCCAUUCUUUGAGAAGCAAAGUCAUGUCCGACCAUGGAAUCAUGAGAUGAGAUCAUUACUAAUUAUGUGGUCUUUUGGGUCUGGCCACCAUCUGUAUUGCUCAAUGUUGUAUCACCUGCUUGUGUAAAAGGAAAUGCUUAACGGUUCUUUUCUUC